GUGUACCGGCGGUUUGUCCAUCCGCAGCUCCGGAUAGCCCAGUCCCGUGGCCCUUCCGGCCUCCCCUCUCUCCGCUCGGCGGAGACCUUCGGAGUGCGAAGACCUGACUCUCCUCCUGGCCGACUGGUUUUAAGGGGUGGCAGGAGGUUUUGGACUCGAUGAGUUUCCACCGAAAUGUCGGAGAAGUCAGGCCAGAGCACAAAAGCAAAGGAUGGGAAAAAGUAUGCAACACUCAGUUUAUUUAAUACAUACAAGGGUAAAUCAUUAGAAACUCAGAAAACCACAGUUGCAGCUCGACAUGGAUUACAGAGUCUUGGAAAAGUUGGUAUUUCACGGCGUAUGCCUCCACCUGCUAACCUCCCAAGUCUCAAAGCAGAAAACAAAGGCAAUGAUCCUAAUGUGAACAUUGUACCUAAAGAUGGCACAGGGUGGGCAUCUAAACAAGAGCAGCAUGAAGAAGAAAAAACACCAGAAGUGCCACCAGCACAGCCAAAACCUGGGGUUGCAACUCCCCCGGAAGUAGCACCUGCUCCCAAAUCAUGGGCCAGUAACAAGCAAGGUGGGCAAGGAGAUGGAAUCCAAGUGAAUAGUCAGUUUCAGCAGGAAUUUCCCAGCCUACAGGCAGCUGGGGAUCAGGAAAAAAAAGAAAAGGAACCAAAUGAUGACAACUAUGGACCUGGACCCAGUUUACGUCCACCGAAUGUUGCAUGUUGGAGAGAUGGUGGUAAGUCUGCUGGCUCGCCUUCAUCUGAUCAAGAUGAAAAGCUUCCUAGCCAGGAUGAAAGCACAAGUGGAACAUCAGAACAGAAUGAUAUCCUCAAAGUGGUGGAAAAGAGGAUAGCUUGUGGUCCUCCACAGGCUAAACUGAAUGGACAGCAGAGUGCCCUUGCUUCCCAGUAUAGAGCUAUGAUGCCUCCAUAUAUGUUUCAGCAGUAUCCAAGGAUGGCAUAUCCUCCUCUGCAUGGUCCCAUGAGAUUCCCACCUUCUUUAUCUGAAACAAACAAAGGCCUUCGAGGAAGAGGCCCACCUCCUUCAUGGGCCUCUGAGCCUGAACGUCCAUCCAUUCUUAGUGCAUCAGAACUGAAGGAACUUGAUAAAUUUGAUAACCUUGAUGCUGAAGCUGAUGAAGGUUGGGCAGGUGCUCAGAUGGAAGUAGAUUAUACAGAACAGCUGAAUUUCAGUGAUGAUGAUGAACAAGGAAGUAGUAGUCCUAAAGAGAAUAGCAGUGAGGAUCAAAGUUCAAAAGCUUCUGAAAAUACUGAAAACCGAAAAGAAGCAGAUGAAGUUUGCAACACUAAAUCAUCUUCUCAGAUACCUGCCCAGCCAUUAGCAAAAGGUCCCUGUGGGAAAGGACCUCCAUUUAAUCAGGAACGUGGACCAUCUUCACAUCUCCCGCCACCUCCAAAGUUGCUUGCACAGCAGCAUCCACCUCCAGAUCGACAGGCAGUACCUGGAAGACUGGGCUCCUUUCCCCCCAAGCAGCAAGUACCUGACGAAGAUGAAAUAUGGAAGCAGAGACGAAGACAGCAGUCAGAAAUUUCUGCAGCAGUGGAACGUGCCCGUAAACGGCGUGAAGAGGAGGAGCGAAGAAUGGAAGAACAAAGGAAGGCAGCAUGUGCAGAGAAACUAAAACGACUGGAUGAGAAGCUUGGCAUCGUGGAAAAACAACCAUCUCCAGAGGAGAUUAGGGGAAAGGAGCGAGAAAAAGAACGAGAACAUGAGAAAGAACAUGAAAAAGAGCAAGAACAGGAACGAGAGAAGGAGAGGGAAAAAGAAAGGGAGAGACAGCAGGAAAAGGAGAAGGAGCUGGAGAAGGAGCAGGAAAAGCAAAGAGAAAUGGAGAUGGAAAGAAAAAAAGAAAAGGAGAAAGAACUAGAACGGCAGAGGGAAAAGGAAAAAGAACUACAAAAGACGAAAGAACAAGAAAAGGAAUGUGAGCUAGAGAAGGAGAAGGAAAAAGUGGAGGAAAAAACUGAACCCAAAGAACCCACUUUAGAGUCCAUGGUAGAAAAACAAGAAAGUGAAAACAGCUGUGCUAAAGAGGAGGAACCAGUUUUCACUAGACAAGACAGCAAUCGUGGUGAAAAGGAAGCCACACCAGUGGCACAUGAAACAGAACCAGAAUCAGGGUCUCAGCCUCGGCCUGCUGUAUUAUCUGGCUAUUUCAAACAGUUUCAGAAGUCUUUACCACCACGAUUCCAGCGGCAGCAGGAACAGAUGAAACAGCAGCAGUGGCAGCAGCAGCAGCAGCAAGGUGUACUUCCACAAACUGUUCCUUCGCAAACAUCUAGUGGUACUGUCCCUCCUCCACCACACAGACCUCUUUAUCAGCCCAUGCAGCCUCACCCUCAGCAUUUGGCUUCUAUGGGUUUUGAUCCAAGGUGGCUCAUGAUGCAGUCCUACAUGGAUCCUCGCAUGAUGUCAGGAAGACCUGCCAUGGAUAUUCCACCUAUGCAUCCUGGAAUGAUUCCUCCUAAACCGUUAAUGAGAAGAGACCAAAUGGAAGGUUCACCAAACAGUUCUGAGUCAUUUGAGCAUAUGGCUCGAUCUGCAAGAGAUCAUGCCAUUUCCCUCUCUGAGCCUCGCAUGAUGUGGGGGUCGGACCCCUAUCCUCAUGCUGAGCCUCAGCAGGCAACUACUCCCAAAGCAACAGAAGAGCCUGAGAGUGGAAGGCCUGAAGCUGCAUUGGAGCAGGAACAGAUUACUACUGCUUAUCCUCUAGAACAUAGUCAGUUGGAUGUUCAUCCAAAAUCCGACUUUGUCAGAGAAUCAAAUGAGACAGAAGAACAAAAGAUUUUAAGCAGAUCUGUGGAAGACAUUAGACCUCACCAUACUGACACAAAUAAUCAGUCUGCUUGUUUUGAAGCACCUGAUCAAAAAGCCUUAGCCAUUCCUCAAGAAGAGCGGAUUUCAGUUGUAGACAAUCAGCCUGCACGGAAAAGAAGUGUUUCUCAUGGAUCUAACCAUACUCAAAAACCAGAGGAGCAGAGAAACGAGGCCUCUGCAAGCAUUCCUAAAGUAACUAGCAGGUGCGUCGAUGCAAAGGAACCAGCAGAAAGGUUAGAGGAGAAACCAAAAAAGGAAGGCUUUAUACGAUCUUCUGAAGGACCAAAACCUGAAAAAGUAUAUAAAUCUAAAUCAGAAACUCGCUGGGGCCCACGGCCAAGCUCCAACAGAAGGGAAGAAGGUAAUGAUAGACCUGUGAGAAGAUCAGGUCCCAUCAAAAAACCUGUGCUUAGAGACAUGAAAGAGGAACGGGAGCAAAGAAAGGAGAAAGAAGGAGAAAAGGUCGAGAAGGUCACUGAAAAAGUUGUAAAACCCGAAAAGACAGAAAAGAAGGAUCUUACUUCUCUACCCCCAUCUCCUCCAGCACCUAUUCAGCCACAGUCAGUUUCACCACCAGUUCAGCCAGAACCAGAGAAAUUUCCUUCAACAGAAGCUUCAACUUUGGCUCAUAAACCAUCUCAGGAUACUGAUAAGUCUCUGGAACCUAUAAGUAGUGUUCAAGUAGAGCCUGCAGUUAAAACUGUAAACCAGCAAACUGUCACAGCACCAACAAUUAAAGAAGAUAAACAACCUGAGAAAGUCACAAGCAAAGACCCUGUUAUAGAGAGGCCCCGACCAGAUUCAAGACCAGCAGUUAAAAAAGAAUCAACUUUACCUCCUAGGACCUAUUGGAAAGAAGCUAGAGAUAGAGAUUGGUUUCCAGAUCAAGGAUACAGAGGUCGAGGCCGAGGUGAAUAUUACUCCAGAGGUCGAAGUUAUAGAGGUUCUUAUGGGGGACGUGGCAGGGGUGGUAGAGGGCACACUCGAGAUUAUCCUCAGUAUAGAGACAAUAAGCCGAGAACAGAGCAUGUAUCCUCAGGGCCUCUCAGACAGCGAGAAGAAAGCGAAACACGUAGUGAGAGCUCUGAUUUUGAAGUUGUCCCCAAAAGAAGAAGGCAGCGGGGUUCAGAGACUGACACAGACAGUGAAAUUCAUGAAAGCGCAAGUGACAAGGAUAGUUUAAGUAAAGGCAAACUUCCCAAAAGAGAGGAACGGUCUGAAAACAAAAAACCUAUAAAGCCUCAAUCUUCUUUUAAGCCUGAUAAUCAUAUCCGAAUAGAUAACAGACCAGUAGAAAAGCCUUACAUGAGAGAUGAUGAUAAAUCUAAACCAGGCUUCCUUCCUAAAGGAGAACCUACAAGGAGAGGCCGAGGGGGGGGCACAUUCAGACGUGGUGGAAGGGAUCCGGGAGGCCGUCCAUCACGCCCUUCCACUUUGCGAAGACCUGCUUAUCGGGACAAUCAGUGGAACCCAAGGCAGGCAGAAGCUCCUAAACCAGAAGAUGGAGAACCACCAAGAAGACAUGAGCAGUUUAUUCCUAUACCAGCAGAUAAACGGCCUCCAAAAUUUGAGCGAAAAUUUGACCCAGCUAGAGACAGGCCUCGAAGGCAGCGUCCUACCCGACCACCAAGACAAGACAAGCCUCCUCGAUUUAGGCGGCUAAGAGAGAGGGAAGCUGCUUCUAAAACAAAUGAGGUAGCAGUGCCCACAAAUGGCACCAUUAAUAAUGUGGCUCAAGAACCAGUUAAUACUGUUGGGGAUAUUUCUGGGAAUAAGACACCAGAUUUAUCUAAUCAGAACUCUUCAGAUCAGGCCAAUGAAGAAUGGGAAACAGCUUCUGAAAGCAGUGAUUUCAAUGAGAGGCGAGAGAGGGAUGAAAAAAAAAAUGCUGACUUGAGUGCACAAACAGUUGCAAAGGCUGGAGAGAAUGUUUUACCUCCAAAACGGGAAAUAGCAAAGAGGAGUUUUUCUAGUCAGAGACCAGUAGAUCGCCAGAAUCGACGGGGCAACAAUGGCCCACCCAAAUCAGGAAGAAAUUUCUCAGGUCCUAGAAAUGAAAGGAGAAGUGGCCCACCACCAAAAAGUGGAAAGAGAGGGCCAUUUGAUGACCAGUCUGCAGGCACCGCUGGUGUUGAUCUUGCCAAUGGCAGUUCUGCACACCAGGAAGGAGCACCUAAUGGCACAGGACAGAAGAACACCAAAGAUUCUACUGGGAAAAAAAGAGAAGACCCUAAACCAGGUCCCAAAAAACCCAAGGAGAAAGUGGAUGCCCUGUCACAGUUUGAUCUCAACAACUAUGCAAGUGUUGUUAUAAUUGAUGAUCAUCCUGAAGUAACAGUAGUUGAAGAUCCCCAGUCAAACUUGAAUGAUGAUGGUUUUACUGAAGUGGUAUCCAAAAAACAACAAAAACGUUUACAAGAUGAGGAAAGGCGAAAGAAGGAAGAGCAAGUCAUACAGGUCUGGAACAAAAAGAAUGCAAAUGAAAAAGGAAGAAAUCAGACAUCUAAGCUUCCUCCAAGAUUUGCCAAAAAACAGGCGACCGGGACCCAGCAGGCACAGUCUCCAGCCUCAGCGCCUGCCCCACCUUCACCCUCAGCUCCAGUUCCAGCCUCCUCAGCUCCAAUUCUGGCCUCCGCCUCAGCUCCAGUUCCAACCUCCACCUCAGCUUCAGUUUCGACCUCCACCCCAGCUCCAGUUCUGACCUCCACCUCAGUUCCAGUUUCAGCCUCAACCUCAGCUCCAGUUUCAGCCUCUGCUUCAGCUACAGCUACAACUUCUUCAGCUUCAACCCCAGCUCCAACCCCCAUCCUUGCCUCUGUUUCAACCUCAGCCUCUGUCCCCAUUCUUGCCUCAGCCUCGAUUCCCAUCCUUGCUUCAGCCCUAGCAUCAACUUCAGCUCCCACCCCAGCCCCAGCAGUCUCUGCGCCAGCUUCCCCUGUCAUCUCAGCACCAGCUGCUCCAGUCUCAGCCCCAGCUGCCUCAGUCCCACUUGCUCCAGCCUCAGCUCCAGGCCCAGCCCCAACUCCAUCUCUAGCCUCUACUGCCUCAGCCCAGACUCAGGCACAGACCCACAAGCCAGUCCAGAAUCCACUACAGACUACAGCACAGUCUUCAAAACAGCCACCCCCUUCAAUUCGGCUACCUGCAGCUCAGACUCCUAAUGGCACAGAUUAUGUAGCCACAGGAAAAUCCAUCCAGACCCCACAAUCACAUGGCACUCUGACAGCUGAAUUAUGGGAUAACAAGGUGGCUCCGACAGCUGUGCUGAAUGACAUUUCCAAGAAAUUAGGUCCCAUUAGUCCACCACAGCCACCUUCAGUCAGUGCAUGGAAUAAGCCCUUAACAUCGUUUGGAUCAGCUGCUUCAUCGGAGGGAACAAAGAAUGGUCAAGAAGGUGGAGUGGAAAUUGGUAUUGACACAAUUCAGUUUGGUGCGCCAGCUUCAAAUGGGAAUGAAAAUGAAGUUGUUCCGGUGCUCUCAGAAAAACCAGCUGACAAAACACCUGAACCUAAAGAACAGCGGCAGAAGCAGCCCCGUGCUGGACCCAUCAAAGCUCAGAAGCUUCCAGAUUUGAGUCCAAUAGAAAACAAAGAACAUAAACCUGGUCCCAUUGGAAAGGAACGUUCAUUAAAAAAUAGAAAAGUAAAAGAUGCCCAACAGGUAGAGCCAGAAGGACAAGAGAAGUCAAGCCCUGCUGCAGUCAGAAGCACAGAUCCUGUUACAACAAAGGAAACCAAAGCAGUCUCAGAAAUAUCUGCUGAAAUAGGAACAAUGAUCUCCGUGUCAUCUGCAGAAUAUGGCACGAAUGCAAAGGAGUCUGUAACAGACUAUACUACACCUUCUUCUUCUCUGCCUAACACUGUGGCUACUAAUAAUGCAAAGAUGGAAGAUACUUUGGUUAAUAAUGUGCCCUUGCCCAACACCCUUCCCCUCCCUAAGAGGGAGACUAUACAACAGAGCUCCAGCCUAACUUCAGUUCCUCCCACUACUUUCAGCCUCACCUUCAAGAUGGAGUCUGCACGCAAGGCAUGGGAGAAUUCUCCAAACGUGAGGGAAAAGGGAUCUCCAGUUACUUCCACAGCACCUCCGAUUGCAAGUGGAGUCAUCAGUAGUGCCAGUGGACCCAGCACUGCUAAUUACAAUUCUUUCUCAAGUGCUUCUAUGCCUCAGAUUCCUGUUGCUUCAGUCACUCCUACAACAUCACUAUCAGGAGCUGGUACAUACACUACCUCUUCUUUGAGUACAAAAUCUACAACCACCUCAGAUCCUCCAAAUAUCUGUAAAGUGAAACCUCAGCAGUUACAGACCAGCAGCUUGCCUUCUGCGAGUCACUUCUCCCAGCUCAGCUGCAUGCCUUCGCUCAUUGCCCAGCAGCAGCAAAGUCCUCAAGUCUAUGUGUCGCAGUCUGCAGCAGCUCAAAUCCCAGCAUUCUAUAUGGACACAAGUCAUUUAUUCAAUACCCAACACGCACGACUGGCUCCACCAUCCCUGGCUCAACAACAAGGCUUCCAACCAGGCCUCUCUCAGCCAACUUCAGUCCAGCAGAUUCCUAUUCCUAUUUACGCACCACUGCAAGGGCAGCAUCAAGCCCAACUGAGUUUGGGGGCUGGACCUGCUGUUUCCCAGGCCCAGGAAUUAUUCAGCUCUUCGCUUCAACCAUAUAGAUCUCAGCCUGCCUUUAUGCAAAGCAGUCUAUCCCAGCCAUCUGUGGUCCUGUCUGGUACUGCUAUCCACAACUUUUCAGCUGUCCAACACCAGGAACUUGCCAAGGCACAGUCUGGUCUUGCCUUUCAACAAACUUCAAAUACUCAGCCUAUUCCUAUAUUGUAUGAACAUCAGCUGGGUCAGGCAUCAGGACUAGGAGGUUCCCAGCUAAUUGACACACAUCUUCUCCAGGCUAGAGCAAAUCUUACCCAGGCUUCAAAUCUUUAUUCUGGACAAGUACAACAGCCUGGUCAGACAAAUUUUUAUAGCACUGCCCAGUCACCAAGUGCUCUCCAGCAGGUAAACUAUGGCAUGGUCACAGUACCUUUACCAGCAUCCCAGCUUUCCUUGCCUAACUUUGGAUCUACAGGUCAGCCUCUAAUUGCUUUGCCUCAGACUCUUCAGCCCCCAUUACAACAUACCACCCCACAAGCACAGGCUCAGAGCCUGAGUCGUCCCACACAAGUAAGCCAGCCUUUCAGAGGAUUAAUUCCUGCUGGAACACAGCAUAGCAUGAUUGCAACCACAGGAAAAAUGUCUGAAAUGGAACUAAAAGCCUUUGGAAGUGGCAUUGAUAUAAAACCAGGCACGCCUCCAAUUGGUGGUAGAAGCACCACGCCAACGUCUAGUCCCUUCCGGGCUACUUCCACAAGUCCGAAUAGCCAGUCCAGCAAAAUGAACAGCAUUGUCUAUCAGAAGCAGUUCCAGUCAGCCCCUGCCACUGUGAGAAUGACACAACCGUUUCCUACACAGUUUGCACCCCAGAUUCUCUCUCAGCCUAACCUGGUCCCUCCAUUGGUAAGAGCCCCACAUACUAACACCUUCCCAGCGCCUGUUCAGAGGCCGCCCAUGGCACUGGCCAGUCAGAUGCCUCCUCCGCUGACCACAGGCCUCAUGAGCCAUGCUCGUUUGCCACAUGUAGCCAGGGGUCCUUGUGGAUCACUAUCUGGAGUCAGAGGUAAUCAGGCCCAGGCUGCGUUGAAGGCUGAACAAGACAUGAAGGCAAAGCAGAGAGCAGAGGUUCUUCAGUCCACGCAACGGUUCUUCUCUGAACAACAACAGAGCAAACAGAUAGGCGGCAAAGCUCAGAAAGUGGACGGUAGUGAUUCAAGUAAACCUCCUGAUACGCUGACUGACCCUCCUGGUGUCUGUCAGGAAAAAGCAGAAGAAAAGCCACCCCCUGCACCCUCCAUAGCCACCAAACCUGUUAGAACUGGACCAAUCAAACCUCAGGCGAUCAAAACUGAAGAAGCAAAAUCUUAAAGGCUAUUGUUUACUGCAGAGGAUGUAGGGGUGGGGGGUUGGAGAAUUAAGUCAGAUAAUGCCAGCAGCCAAAGGGGUAAAAUGAUCUCUGACAUUAUUCUGUCUAGAGCUUGGAAGUGCACAAGGGACAUAGGAGCAAUGUACACUGAUACACAGCUGCUGCACCAGUAAAAAUGAGGCUUCGCAAACUGGCACCUGCUACAUAAUAUGCACUUGGUUGAUGGCCAUGCAUCUUCAGUUAGAACUUAUAUAUAAACAUAUGCACUUUUUGUUUCCGAGUGCAUAUAAUUAAGAACUACAAAUCCUUAUGAUUAAAUGAAACACAAGGAAAAUAAUACUGCAGAGGAAUAGAUCAGCCUGAACAAUAUUGUGGUCCCAGCCAGUACAUCAGAUGUGGUUUCUUUGCCUCCCUUAUGAUCUUUGGAUAUAGUUAUGGCAUUGGUAGGAUUGGAGGUGAAGAACUGAAGAUUACUGGCGCUGGAUAGAGGAGCCUUAUUUUUUAUUAUGGCAGCUUGCUAUUUUUGUAACAUGGUGAUUGAGUUGAACACAAUCAAGUACAGUAGUAAUUCAUCCCCCUUCUUCCUGGAUGAGUGAACAUAUGAUUAAUAUUGAUGUCAGCAUCUAUGAACAGUAUCAAAGUGAGCACCAUUUGGCACUGCUGAUGGAAAUGAUGCUGUGUUUUUGUCGUGGUCCCAAGUUUUGAAGCCCUACUUGGCAUCUCCUUUCUUCUGUGGAGCUCACCAUUCAGAUAUGACAGAUUGGGUAAAAUAUUAGUUAGGUUAAGUCUUGCUUGCCUCCACUUGGUCAUCUUUGUAUGACUCUAUUUUUUUUUUAAGACGGUUUUUAGCCGAUACUCAUGAAGAACAGAGUACCUAGACCUGUGCCGCUAAAGAAAGGAAAUUCUGUCUAAGAAGGUGCAUUUCUUUACAGAGCUGGUGUCAUACCAUCAUUUGGGCCCUCUGCUGGAAAAGUAGAAUCAAGUCUCAAAUAAUGCCUUUUUAAUUGUAUCCUCUAGUAUUAUAGUUGUAGGACAGUACUGUAUCAUACCUCUGUGAAUGUAAAAUACCUUGUACCUGCUUUAUGAUAUGUAGUAGUGACUGUGCUUUAUCAGAGCUGUUUUUAAUGAUGUUAUUCUAGAAUGUUUUCCUUCCAGAUGAUUCAGAAACUAAUUUUAAAAAAAUGGUGCCAGGUACCACAACAGUAACAGAACUUUGCUAUUUUGGGGUUUUUUGGUUUUUUUUUAACCUUCCUCCCUCCCCCCCCCCUUUUUUUUAAAUGGAGUGUGCUAGAUGUUUCUAUAAUUUUGUCAGAUGACUGCAGAACCUGGAAAAGCUAUUGCUGCUAUUGAUGCAUAACAUACUGCUAUUAUUGGUCUUUUUAUAUAAAUAUAUAUAUAUAUACACAUAUAUAUAAUUUGAAUUUUUGGAAACUUUAGCUGUGCUGUCAACUUUGGAAAAAGUAUCCCAGUUUACUGUGUUGAGUUGGCAUUGUACAGAAAUUAACAGCCAUAUUGGUCUAGAAACAUUAAACUUAAUUUUUUUUCCAUUUGUACAGGGGUAACGCACUGUAUUAAAUAUGUAAGGUCUUAUCUACAUGGGUUUGAUUACAGAAACUAAUAAAGUAUUCUCUAAAUAAUGA